GCCCGAGCCCUACCAGCACUUCCCCUUCCCCAAGUACCCGCAGGACCCGUACGCGUUCAAGCGCGAGCCGGACGCGCCCUACGACAUGAGCCAGCACCACCACCAGCUGCUGGCCCCCCACGCCCAACACCCUCAACACCAGCAGCACCCGCAGCACCACAACCAGUACGCGCCGCCCAAGCGCGACGAUGAUCUCUACAACGGUGUCAAGCGCGAGUGCGACGACCCCUACUCCUUCGUCGAGGAGGAGGCCAUGUGCGCCAUGCUGGGCCAGCACCACGCGUCGCACCUACAACACCACGAGCAACACCAACACGCGCACAUGCAGAUGCACCCGCAGCAAAUGAUGCUCAACCAGCCUAAGAAGAGGGGUCGAAAGAAAAAAAUUAAAGACGAAAAUGGCAUGGAAAUCAAGGUGGAGGGCGUGAUGGAGGUGCGGCCGGUGAAGGAGCGCAAGAAGCACGACCGGUUCAACGGCAUGAGCGAGGAGGAGGUCUCGCGCCGCACGCUGCCCGACCACCUCGCCGACAACCUCGACAUCAUCAUUAUCGGCAUCAACCCGGGCCUGUUCGCGGCGUACAAGGGGCACCACUACGCGGGCCCCGGGAACCACUUCUGGAAGUGCCUCUACCUGUCCGGCCUCACCAGGGAGCAGAUGAGCGCCGACGAGGACUACAAGUUGCUGAACUUCGGCAUAGGGUUUACGAAUAUGGUCGCCCGGCCGACGAAGGGCUCGGCCGACCUCACGCGGCGCGAGAUCAAGGAGGGCUCGGCCAUCCUGCUGGAGAAACUGCAGACCUUCCGGCCCAAAGUGGCGGUCUUUAAUGGAAAGCUCAUCUACGAGGUCUUCUCGGGGAAGAAAGACUUCUGCUUCGGCAAGCAGCCCGAUACUAUAGCAGGGACGAACACGUACAUGUGGGUGAUGCCGUCGUCGUCGGCGCGCUGCGCGCAGCUGCCGCGCGCGGCCGACAAGGUGCCGUUCUACGCGGCGCUCAAGAAGUUCCGCGACUACCUCAACGGGCUGGUGGCGCACGUGGACGAGGCCGAGCUCGUGUUCCCCGACAACACGUCGCGGCGCCCGCACGAGGAGAUGGAGAUCCGCAGACUGACGAUGGAGCCCGAGCCGGGCGACACAAUUAUACUCGAGGACGGCACCGAAGUCCCGCUCAAGAAAAAACGCGGUCGCCCUAAGAAAGUGAAACUGGAAAACGGAGAAAUCGCUCCGCCCACGCCCCGCGCGCCCCGCCCGCCCCGGCCGCCGCCCACCCUCGACGCGCCCGGUGACAACCCACCCAAGAAGAAGCGCGGUCGCCCCAAGAAAAUACGACCCGAGGAGCAACAGUUCCUUCUACAGCAGCAACAACAACAGCAGCAACAACAACAACAGCAACAACAACAGCAGCAACAGCAACAGCAGGCGAGCGCGCUGCUGCAGCCGGCGCCGCCGAUGUCGCAGCUGGCGCUGCCGCACGAGCAGUACCUGGCGCAGCACGGCGACUUCCCGCAGCUGGCCUCCCCGCUGGGCGCCGGCCUGCACUCGUACGUGGCGCAGCACGCGCACCACGCGCACGACGGCUCGCCCUACUACCAGCCCAGCGGCCUGGCCUCCCCGCUGGGCGCCGGCCUGCACUCGUACGUGGCGCAGCACGCGCACCACGCGCACGACGGCUCGCCCUACUACCAGCCCAGCGGCCUGGCCUCCCCGCUGGGCGCCGGCCUGCACUCGUACGUGGCGCAGCACGCGCACCACGCGCACGACAGCUCGCCCUACUACCAGCCCAGCGGCCUGGCCUCCCCGCUGGGCGCCGGCCUGCACUCGUACGUGGCGCAGCACGCGCACCACGCGCACGACGGCUCGCCCUACUACCAGCCCAGCGGCCUGGCCUCCCCGCUGGGCGCCGGCCUGCACUCGUACGUGGCGCAGCACGCGCACCACGCGCACGACGGCUCGCCCUACUACCAGCCCAGCGGCCUGGCCUCCCCGCUGGGCGCCGGCCUGCACUCGUACGUGGCGCAGCACGCGCACCACGCGCACGACGGCUCGCCCUACUACCAGCCCAGCGGCCUGGCCUCCCCGCUGGGCGCCGGCCUGCACUCGUACGUGGCGCAGCACGCGCACCACGCGCACGACGGCUCGCCCUACUACCAGCCCAGCGGCCUGGCCUCCCCGCUGGGCGCCGGCCUGCACUCGUACGUGGCGCAGCACGCGCACCACGCGCACGACGGCUCGCCCUACUACCAGCCCAGCGGCCUGGCCUCCCCGCUGGGCGCCGGCCUGCACUCGUACGUGGCGCAGCACGCGCACCACGCGCACGACGGCUCGCCCUACUACCAGCCCAGCGGCCUGGCCUCCCCGCUGGGCGCCGGCCUGCACUCGUACGUGGCGCAGCACGCGCACCACGCGCACGACGGCUCGCCCUACUACCAGCCCAGCGGCCUGGCCUCCCCGCUGGGCGCCGGCCUGCACUCGUACGUGGCGCAGCACGCGCACCACGCGCACGACGGCUCGCCCUACUACCAGCCCAGCGGCCUGGCCUCCCCGCUGGGCGCCGGCCUGCACUCGUACGUGGCGCAGCACGCGCACCACGCGCACGACGGCUCGCCCUACUACCAGCCCAGCGGCCUGGCCUCCCCGCUGGGCGCCGGCCUGCACUCGUACGUGGCGCAGCACGCGCACCACGCGCACGACGGCUCGCCCUACUACCAGCCCAGCGGCCUGGCCUCCCCGCUGGGCGCCGGCCUGCACUCGUACGUGGCGCAGCACGCGCACCACGCGCACGACGGCUCGCCCUACUACCAGCCCAGCGGCCUGGCCUCCCCGCUGGGCGCCGGCCUGCACUCGUACGUGGCGCAGCACGCGCACCACGCGCACGACGGCUCGCCCUACUACCAGCCCAGCGGCCUGGCCUCCCCGCUGGGCGCCGGCCUGCACUCGUACGUGGCGCAGCACGCGCACCACGCGCACGACGGCUCGCCCUACUACCAGCCCAGCGGCGCCGUGGGCGGCGGCCUGGAGCGGCCGUUCGAGGGCGAGGCGGAGGCGGGCGCGCUGGCGCUGGCGCGCGGCUACGGCUCGCCCGGCGCCUACGCGUCGCCGCGCCACUACGCGUCGCCGCGCUCGCAGCCCUACUCGCCCGGCGCGCGCCUGGCCGCCACGCCGCAGCCGCAGGCGCAGUACCCGUCGAGCCCGGCCGCGUUCUCGGCGCCGUCGCCGCCGCGCGCCGGCUACGGCUCCCCGGGCGUGAACGUGAACGUGGGCGCGUCGCGCGGGUUCGCGGCGCGCUCGCCGCUGUACGCGAGCAGCCCGGCCGCGUACCGGCAGCAGCCCGCCCACGAGCCGCUGCCCCUGGGCGGGUUCGCGCGCUCGCCGGCGCCGGCGGGCGCGGUGGGCGGCGUGAACGCGGUGGGCGGCGCGGUGGGCGGGGCCAGCACGCCCUUCCCGGCCGCGUCGCCGGCGGGCGCGGCGCUGCACUCGUACACGCCGUCGCCCGCGCACACGCCCUACAGCCACCACUCGUCGCCGGCGCCGGCGCCGCUCACGCCCGCCUACACGGAUUCGCAUCACUUCGGCACGCAAGGCAACGCGAGCGGGUCGAGCGGGGGCGGGGCCGGGGGCGGCGCGUACGGGGCGGAGCUCUCCAGUGACAUCGGGGCCGCGAUCUCGUCGCCGGGCCCUGUGUCGCCCGGCAUGGCGGCGCUGGACUUCGAGCCGCCCCGCGACGACAACAGCCCCAUGGGCAGCACCGACAUGCACCCCGGCAGCAAUAGUAACUCAUCGCUCUCCGACUAUAAUAAGCAAAGCAACCCCGGAGGCGCCGAGCUCUCCCCAGGCGUGGGUGUAGCGUCUGGGGGGGGAGUGGGCGUGGGCGUGAACGCCAGCCCCUUUGGCGGAGCAAUGUACGACGGAGAAGCGCGGUUACAGUCCGACUACUAUUCUCAAGAACAAGGAAAUGGUGUAGGAGACAGUCCCCGGUUAGACCAGCUACAUCAGCAUCCCUCCAUGUAUCCUAGCAAUUUUAACCGGUCCACGCCGACGGGCGACAGCGACGCGGGCUUCGCGCGCACGCCCUUCCGCAGCGACCACCAGCCGCCGCCCGCCGGGUCGCCGAGCGAGUACAGCGGCGGCGGCGAGUCGGGCCCCGGCACGCCCAAGAGCAAGGCGCAGGACGUGGCGUCCAAGUCGCUGUCGGGGCUGGAGUCGCUGGUGGACCAGAUCCCGUCCAUCGCGGACGGGCCCAGCGCGCCCGAGCCCGGCGCGCCGCCCGUGCCCGCGCUGCCCGACUACGCGCCCGCGCUCUACCCGCCCUACCCGGCCUACGGCGCGUCCGCCUACGGGAACAACGGGUACGGCGGGUUCGUGGGCUACGGCGGCGGCUGGGGCACGCAGCUCAUGCGGCCGGCGCCCGGCUACCUGCCCGACUGGCAGUACGGCUACGCGCCCGGCGUGCCGCCCGCCUACGCGCCCUACAACGCGCCCUACUACAACGGCUACGCGGGCCCGCCGCCGGCGCACCACCAGCAGGCGCACUACCUGUCGGCGCCGCCGCUGCUGGAGCUGCACAAGGGCGGCGAGCACGCGGCCGGCGUGCCGCCCGUGGCGCCCGUGCCGUCCGUGCCGUCCGUCGGCUUCGGGGGCUUCUGUUAGUCCGUCGCCCGGAUGAAUCUCGGCGAGUCGGUCGUCGACGUGUCGUGGAGCGAUCGUUAGUGAUGUAAUUUAAUCUUUUUCAAACUGAUGAGCUUAAUUUUUAGGAUUUAUUUGUAAAUAUUGUAUGUAUUUAUUUCUGACCAUCACACUCGGCCGGUCGCCGGACGUCGCGGUCGUUCCGUUCCGCGUCGGCGACGUUUUCCUAGUUCGGCUCGCGUCCGGCUCGCGCUCGGGGGGCGCGAACGUGAUGUCUGUGAUGCGCCGUCGGCCGGUCGGAAACCGGUCGGGGCCGGCGAAACUUGUACGUUUUCGAUGCAAAUUUUAUAUUUUCGAAAGGUCGAGCCUCGGUGAAAAAGUCUUGCCAAUGAAACGUUUCGCGUUCUAGUCAGUUACUAAUUCGUGUCGGCUAGUCAAAUUGUAAGGAAAAAAAAUUGUAGAGCGCCCUCCCCGGUCCCGCGCGAGCGAGCCGCGCGAUAAAAUAUUUUAUCUAAGUCACAAGAGCGGCCUAUAAAGUAUGUAAUGUAUACUUUUAUUUAGGUUUAGUUACACGUUACGUGGAGUCGGUUACGCUAUUUACGAAUCGAUUUAAGCAUUUUUACACAUAAUGAACUUAAAUAUGUACUUAUCUGACACGACGCUCGCAUUUUGAUUAAAAUAAAUGUUACCGAAUCAGUUACAUAGCUUCGGAUCGCUAGUGACUAGCAUAAUUUUACAUUAUAUCAUAAUCUAUUUUUAUUAAUCGUGCGCCAUCUUAUAUUAGGGCUCCUCGUCGUACGAGUGGCCGGUACGCCCUGUAGUUUUAAUUUAAAGUUUUUAAUGCAUAAUACGUCGGGUGCUGAGGGGUCGAUUGUUACAUCGUUUGCCAUUCGAGACGAGUUCGUACUGGUUACGUACGACUCGGGUGUCGCUUUACGGUUAGUUUUGUUUUAAGUCUUUUGUAUGUUGUUGAAGUUUUUAUUUUUAUUCUGUUGGCGUAUUAGAUGACGGGUGUAGUCGUCGAGAAUUUCGGGUGGGGUAUGUACGGUAUCACAAGUUCAUUCUUACGAGUACCCCGCCACCGGCGCUUAGGCGGUUUCCGUGUGUUCAGUGCGAUAUAUGACGCCGCGCCUGGGUGCUUAAAUUUUUUACAAAAUUCUUUAUCAAUUUGUUUUUUUGCACAAACGAAAAAAAAAACUAAUGUAAGGUGAAAACGAAAUAACAUACGUAA